CGGGGUCGGGCCGGGGGCGGACGGCAGGGGCUGGGGUCUCCGCCCCCGGGAGUCUUUCUGCUGCCCCUGAGAAGCGAGGGCGAAGGCGAGGCUGAUCGGGGCCGAAACCAUGAACCGGAGUUUUCACAAGUCUCAGACCUUGCGCUUCUACGAUUGCAGCGCGGUGGAAGUCAAGAGCAAGUUUGGGGCAGAAUUUCGAAGAUUCUCCCUGAACCGUCAUAAGCCUGGGAAGUUUGAAGAUUUCUACAAGUUGGUUGUGCACACCCACCGUAUCUCCAGCAGUGAAGUAACCAUCGGCUACGCAGAUGUGCAUGGGGAUCUGCUGCCCAUCAACAAUGAUGACAACUUCUGCAAGGCAGUCUCCAGUGCAAAUCCUCUGCUCAGGGUCUUCAUUCAGAAACGAGAGGAGGCCGACCACUACAACUUCGGGGCGGGCACUCUGUCCCGGAAGAAGAAGGCACUGGUGGCGCUGCGGGACGAGGGCCUGCGCCGGCGCGCGCACCUGGACAUCGGCCUGCCGCACGACUUCCGCCCGGUGUCCUCCAUCAUCGACGUGGACGUCCUGCCAGAGACGCACCGCCGCGUGCGACUGUACCGGCACGGCUGCCAGAGGCCGCUGGGCUUCUACAUCCGCGACGGAGCCAGCGUGCGCGUCACGCCACACGGGCUGGAGAAGGUGCCCGGCAUCUUCAUCUCGCCGGCCCCACGCGUCCUGCAGAACUUCCACCCCGACGAGGCGGACAGCGACGAGGAGGCCGACGUCGUCAUCGAGGGCGCCCCGGAGCCCCCUCGGCCCGCCAGGCCCCAGCACGCACCCAGCCUGGCGCGCGUCAACGGCACAGGCCUCGCGCACCGGCUGCAGCGGGACCUGCUCCUGGACGGGGCGGCGCGCGAGAGCAAUGGCAGCAUCCACAGACUGCUCAGCUCCCUGAAGGCCGACCCGCGCCACAGCCUGGUGCUGCCGCAGGGCGGGGUGGAGGAGCACGGCCCGGCAGUCACGCUCUAG